CGAUGAUAUCGACCAACACUCAUCACAAUCAUCACAAUCAUCUCACUUCCAUCAGACGUCUAACGCUUUCGUCAAGUCAUCCGUCAAUGUAAACAUGUCUGAAACGACGUGUCUUACUCUGCUACCAGCAGAAAUCCUCCAUAAUAUUCUCCAAUGGGUCGACCCGCGGGAUCUGGGCCGGUUGCCCCGCGUCAGUCGCUUCAUGCGAGACUAUAUCCGCAGCAAUCGUAAACUAUGGAAAGAUGCCUACUUGUAUAAUCUGGACGCACCUGAACGAGAUAUAGACUGGGAGCAGGAGCUUCGCGAUGUUGUCCGACUACAACUCAUCUGCGCUGCCCCCAGCCCUAACCGCUCGGACAACGAGAGGGAGCUCCUCUUCGUCCACAACGCCGUCACCAGGCUCCUUCGCCACGCAUCCCCCACCGGAGGACCCGCGGCCCCUCGCAUGCCCACGCACUCCGCCUCGCGCAAUGCGAGCCUGCUAGCCCGGCUCUUCCGAGACGAAAACGCCCGCACCGCCUUCUUCACCCGGUCUUUCCUCUACCGCCGUUCGCGGGGGCCGAGCAUUCUCAGUUUCGCGGAAUGCAACACCCCCGUGCAGCAGGCGAGCGCGCAGCUGCACUGUCUCUGGGGGCGCCCCCUCCUCAACUCGGGCCGCACGCGCAGGUCUCGGAUGCAUCCUUUUGCGCUCUCCAAGGUGUACGACCUGCGCGAGUACACCGUGCGCACGCGCUGGGGCCCGUUCAUGGAUGAUGGCUCCGACCGGGUGGACUGGGAGAAGAUGGAGGCCAUCAUGCUGGUGCUUGGGAGUAACAUCAACCAGGUCCAGGCUAGUUCACCGGCUUUUCUCAGCAUGUGGGAUUCUCCUUUUGCGGGGUCUUGGGCUGGUAGCUGGAUUCCGACGCCCGGGCGGAAGCUGAGUGGUUUGGACUUGCAGGAUCCUUAUGGGAUUUCUGGGACGUGGUUGAGGGUUGUCUGUUUCAUCGACUACAACGACUUCUUUGCCUUCAAUUUUCUCGCCUCUCAGCGUGUCCCUGAUGGUUAUCCUUGUCCCGCUCUGGAGACUGGCGAGGCCACCCGUCUCAUCCUCAUGAAACUUCACGUCACAUCCAUCGAGCCCCCUGGAGAAGAAGAUGGCCAGGGUCUCCCUGUGGUUCACUUUCGUGGCAUCUCGCGGUCCCUCCAUAACUCCUGGGACAACAACGCCGAUUCGGACUUGCGAGGAACAUGUCGACUGACUCGGGAGGGCGAUGUCCGGUGGACCACCUUCUCUAUCUUCGACGGCGAGGAACGCUGGCGGAGCGAGAGCGUCCAGGUUGGUGGAGUUAAGUCUGCCCGAGGGGUCCUGGGCAACUGGUUUGACGUGUAUGUGUGCACAAACUUCCUCCCCAACCCCUCAUCCGUUCCUUAUAUCUCCAUGCUAUCCUCACACGUAGACGUCACAGAAACUAUGACCAGCACGGCCCCGCGGGUCCCACGGCGUUCUGGAAGCUGAACGACCCGCGGCCGUCCAAAGACAACGAGAGUGAGAACGACGAG